AUGUCACCCCAAAAUGCCCACGCGAAAGGCAUGCUCGGCGCAAACUACAACGAAAAACUCACCUGGAUCAACCACGACGAGCUCCGCGCCGUCAACGCAAAAUGGAUCCGCGGCUUCGUCGACAUGCACCUAAUCAACAGCGAACAGCUAGACCAAGAUCCAAAUUUGAAAGCCCUGUUCGGUGCAAUUGACGCCGGAUUCAACACGAUCCUGAGCUUGAAAUGGGAUUUUACGAACCUCGACUUCCCGAGAUCAGGAUCCCCGGAAGUCGACACAGAAUUGCGGACCCUGAACCGCGUGCUACCUCUCGUUUUGGGAAAGGUUGAUAUCCUCGUCAUUGGGAAUGAACCUUUCAUUGAAGCGAAAGAGGGGCAAAGGGGUGAGCGGUUGAAUGUCUUCUAUGAGACCAUGGCGAGCGCCGUUAUCGAGCGACAGCGCGGUUCGUCAACAAGAUUGUACAUGGGCGCGCUGAAUCGGCUUGACCUUCCGGAAAAACGGACACCAGCUAUACAGCGCUUUUUGAACUUCAUUGCCUCAACGCCGGAACUCGAUGGUGUCGAUCUGCAUCCCCAUAUGAUGACGUUUGAAGGGCAUCGCAGUAUGCUGGAGUACUCUCUUGCCCGCAUUCGGCCUGAUCAGACCUUCCUCGCGACGGAGUUCACGAUGGUUUGGCAUUUCAAGAAGCAUAUGGGUCAUGCAGCGCCGCCUAAGUUUUGUGCGAAGUACGGGUUGGCACCUGGGAUGAAGAAUUUCCAGGUUAUUGAUGCCGCCAUCAAAAAUCCGAUGACGUUUGAGCAGUGGCAGGAGUAUCUCACUCUAAGUCCGUGGUAUAUGCAAUUUCGGGUCUUCAUUACAGAUGCAAUGAGGCUUUAUCGCUCCACUGGAAGACUGGCUGUCGCAACAUACGCAUUGUGUCCGAUGCGCAUGCGGAAACACCCGUUUAAGGAGGCUGAUACGCCGUGGAUGUUGAAUGGUGUUUAUGCGCCGUCGACGGUCAAAGUAAAACCCGAUGGAUCGCGGUAUGAGAAUUUUCCGUGGGCGGAGGAAUUCCGACGUGCUCAGCAGGCAAAUUGA